AAGACUUUCUGCAGUCGAAAAAUUCCAAAAUUGUAAACAAAUGCACAAAUAUUCGUCGUUACGAUGGAGUCGAGUGAAUUCAAUGAAUUUGAUUCCAUUUCGGAAACUAAUGUUGAUACGAUCAUAUUGACUCUCCCCUCUACAUUUAGUGAGGAAAAUCAACCUUCUAAUUCUGAAAUCAUGAAAUCUGAAUGUGGCCAAUUUUUCCUUGUAACCUAUGAUGCCACUAAUAAGAUUAUUUCAAAGCACCAAAUACAUUUACAAAUCAAUGCAGAAGAAUGUCUUGAGUUAAAAUGUAGUGAUGAUGUUGUUGAGGGGCCAGUGUUAAGUGGAAAAAUUAGUGUGCUUGAUUCACAAACGGAUGUACUAGCAUCACUACCUGAUGGAAUUGAUGAUAGAUGUCAAGCUGGGGAUGCUCUUCAACUUGCAAUGCAAGAGAUUGAUUGUGAUACUGACCUGUUGGAGCCUGUUCCAUAUGAGAUCAAAUUAGCAGCUUUAAAUGCUAUGAUUCCAGCAGGAGAAAAUCCAGAACAAACUGAGUUGAGUUGUGCCAUCUGUGCCAAAAGUCAUCUUUCUAGGCAUUUUGGUUUGAACAUAUUUCUGUGCCCUGUGUGUGGGCGGCAGUUUUCUCAUUCAUCAAAUUUGAGUCGUCAUUUGAGGAUUCAUUCAGGCGCUAAACCCUACAAAUGCAAAGAUUGCGGCAGAAGAUUCAACCAAGCCAAUUCCCUUCACACCCACCGAGCAUACAUUCACGCUGGUCAUAACAAAAGACACGGCUGUCCUCUUUGCGGUCGUCUUUACAAGACUUUGCAACUGUUGAAGCGUCAUUGCAAAAUUAAUCAUCAAGAUGAAAAUGUCGACCUAAGGGUCCCUCCUUCCGUUAUGGCAAAACGUCAGUUUUAUUGUUCGGAUUGUGGCGAAAGUUUCUCACAGAAAUCCUUAUUAAUGAAACAUAAAGAAGCAGAACACGCUGUCAUACCAUCAACCGACGAGAUUCAGCCAAUAGAUAUUGUUGCUAUCAGAGAAAGCCCAUGUAAUGAUGUGCAACUUUUCGACGCAAUGGAUAGCAUCGAUUCAAUGUUGCGCGAAAUCCAGGAUGGAAAUAAUGCACCAAUCAGUAUGGAUUUAGUUGUUCCGAAGAUUAUGGAUACCGACACAGUCACUCAGACCAUAGAAGAUGUGAUAAACAAAAUCAACAAAUUCAUCUGCUUUGAAUGUGGAAAACAAUUUCAUCGUUAUAUGAGUUAUAAACAGCACUGGGGAGUUCACGAAACCUCAUUAAGAAAGUUUGAGUGUAAAGAAUGCGGCAUGGCAUUUGCCUGGAAGUCUACUUAUGUCAAACAUACGAUGCAAUUCCAUUCAUCCGAACCGCCUAUUGUUAUGUCGUGUAAUGAACCAGAUUGCGGUAAAGAGUAUAAAUCCUUGAGCCAACUCCAAGAACACAUCAAACGAGACCAUCAAAUGAUCCGGAGAUUCUCUUGCGAUGAAUGCAACAAACAGUUUUACAAAGCCCAUGAUCUCUUGGUUCACAAACGAACGCACAGUAAGGAGAAACCUUACAUGUGUGGAACUUGUGGCAAGUCUUUCUCCCAUAUAUCGCACGUUAUCCGUCACGAAAAAUCCCACAACAACAUCCGACCACACACUUGCCCCGUCUGUCAUAAAUCAUUUACACAAGCGACAGUACUUAGGGCCCAUAGGAAGAAAAAAUGUCCAGAUCCAAUAACAAGCAUUCCCAAUAAGGAGAGCGAAACCGAAAAGUCAGUUCCAUAACUUGUUUAUUCUACCCUUAAUUCUCCACAAUUCUCUUUUCAAAGCGCAUCAGCUCUUCACUAAAUAAGUUUCCACGGAAGUUGGGUUUAAAGAUUUCGAUUUUUUUUCCAAUUUCUCUCAUCUGCCUUGAUACGCAUAAAAUAAUUGUCUUAAUAAUCCUGCGCGUAAAUAAGUACAGAUACUACAGCACCCUUGAAUUCAUCCCCGCAUUACGCAAGUUAAUAAAGUAAUUAAGUUUAAGUUAAAAACUACUGCUCCAACGUUUCUCUUUCCCGAACCCUUUCUCUCUAUUUUCCUUAUUGUUAACUUCUCUGAUUCUUUUUCUUUUCAUUGCAAAAAAAUUAAUUUUGCAAAAGCCACCUGAAUGAAAAUUUUCAUCAGACAUACCAGUAUUGUUUGUUUCGUGAUAAAGUGCUUGCUUGGGGAGGGGGGGGGGGGGUAUUUGGCUUG